GGCAGAGCUCAGGGCAGCCCCACCAUGGCUUGGACCCCUCUCCUGCUCCCCCUCCUCGUUCUCUGCACAGGCUCCGUGGCCUCCUAUGAGCUGACCCAGCCGCCUUCAGUGUCCGUGGCCUUGGGACAGACGUCCAAGAUCACCUGCUCUGGAGACUUACUGGACAAAAAAUAUACAUCUUGGCACCAGCAGAAGCCAGGCCAGGCCCCUGUGCUGGUCAUUUAUCAGGAUAGCAAGCGGCCCUCAGGGAUCCCUGACCGAUUCUCUGGUUCCAGCUCAGGCAAAAUUGCCACCCUGACCAUCAGCGGGGCCCGGGCCGAGGACGAGGCUGACUAUUACUGUGGGUCAGCAGACAGCAGUGAUUAUCAUCACGGUCUCUGUGCUGUGCCUGUGCUGGCCCAGACCCCGUCUGCAUCUUCUUCCCUGGGAGGCUCGGCCAAGCUCACCUGCACCCUGAGCAGUGAGCACAGCACGUACUACAUUGAGUGGUAUCAACAGAGAGUAGGGCAGGCCCCUAGGUACCUGAUGAAGCUGACCAGUGACGGAAGCGUCACCAAGGGGGAUGGGAUCCCCGACCGCUUCUCAGGCUCCAGCUCUGGGGCUGACCGCUACCUGACCAUCACCAACAUCCAGUCUGAGGACGAGACUGAGUAUAUCUGUGGUGUCAGCUAUAAAACUGAUGGCCAGUAUGGAUACCACAGUGACACAGACAAAGGGGAAGUGAGGUCGAAACCUCCCUCCCAUGCCCUCCGUCCCACGGCACCAGGGUGA